AACAACGUAUAAAGCACGACGCAGCCACGAUGAGCCGGCUAUUCGGUAGUAGUAGUGGUUCGGUGCUCGGUACGGCCGGAAGCAAAAUGUCGACGUUCCGCAAAGUGACCCACUGUAUCUUCGACAUGGAUGGGCUGUUGCUCGAUACGGAGAAAAUCUAUGAAAACAUCUUGCGUGAUCUGUUGAAAUCGUACAACGCACCGUACCCGUGGGCGACGCGCAUGAAGGUGAUGGGCACGACGGAACAGCGUACCUGUUCGAUACUGGUGGACGAUCUGAAGCUACCCUGCACAGUGGAUGAGUUUCUGGCGCGAUUCCGUCGCGAUCAGUUGCUACAUCUUGGCCGGGCGCCGCUGAUGCAAGGUGCGGAACGGUUGGUGCGUCAUCUGCACAAACACAACGUACCGAUUGCGCUCGCCACCAGCUCCGGGGCCGAUUCCGUUGAGGUGAAGACAAAAAACCAUCGCGAGCUGUUUGAACUGUUCGGCCACAAGGUGAUGGGUUCGUCCGAUCCGGAGGUAAAGGAGGGUAAACCGGCGCCCGAUAUCUUUCUAGUCGCAGCCGACCGUUUCCAGGACCGUCCCGCACCCGACCAGUGCCUGGUGUUUGAGGAUGCACCGAACGGAGUGACGGCCGCAAUUGCGGCUGGCAUGCAGGCCGUCAUGGUGCCCGAUCCGCACAUCGAAGAAGAACAGCGUAAGCACGCCACCAUAGUAUUGAAAUCUCUCGAGGACUUCCGCCCAGAGCAUUUCGGACUGCCAGCUUUUACGUGA